AUGAUGCCACACGCGUUUGCGUACCAGGACGACAUAAUUGUGAUACAAGAACACAAGCGCAACCUGAAAGAGGUUUUCCGGAGGCUAAGGGCGGAAAAUCUGAAAGUUAACGCAGAUAAGUGCAUGUUCUUUCGGAAGGAGCUACAAUACCUGGGCCACCGAGUGACGGAUCAGGGCAUCGGAACGGAUCCGGAGAAAGUGGCGGCAAUAGCUCAGCUAAAGCCCCCAGGAAACGUGAAGGAGCUGCGACAGUACCUAGGAGUGGCGUCGUGGUACAGACGUUUUGUACCAGAUUUUGCGACAAAGGGCCAGCUAAACAUCGUCGCGGACGACCUGUCGCGACAGCCGCUGCAGGAAACUAGCCGCAGGAUAACGGCGAAGGAAGAAGGGCAACCGGACGAGCAGCAGGAGUGCAGGUGGGUAGAUGAGAUGCGGAGAAAAAUGAAGCAGGAUCCCCAAAAAUACCCAGACUACCUAGAGGAGGCCGGCCAACUGUAUAGGCACAUUCCGGACCGGGCAGGAAACGAGGAUGUGCUGCAAGCAGCCGGAAAACUGCUGACACAGGUGCCGGAAGAACCAUGGGCGACCGUAUGCGCGGACUUUGUAGGCCCCUUGCCGAGGUCAAAGCACGGGAAUUCGAUGCGCCUGGUCCUGGUGGACAGGUUCUCCAAGUGGACCGAGAUCGUUCCAUUGCGUAGGGCGACCACCGAGACGCUACGAAAGGCCGUGCGAGAGCGGAUAGUGGCCAGGUACGGAGUGCCAAAAAUCAUGAUCACGGACAACGGAGUCCAAUUUACGAGCAGGGCGUUCAAGAGGUUCUUGGAGGAGCUGGGUGUAAAACAGCAGCUCACGGCUCCAUAUACUCCGCAAGAAAACCCGACGGAAAGGGCCAACAGGACCGGAAGAGAACCGAGGCUGCCAAAUACGUUGUUCGACGAACAGACGGCCGGAACGGGCAGAUGUCCACAGACGCCGGUAGAAAACGCGGAAAAACUCAAGGAGAUCUUCGAACUGGUGCGGAGAAACAUGGAAAGGGCUGCGCAGGAUAUAGGCACGCCACUAUAA